AUAUAUUAAGUGAGGAAAUGAUGUGAUCUUACAGCAUAUUAUUCUGGUUCUGAGCUGGGGAAGAGGUCUGUUCUAAUUCUGGCCAAUCAGGGAGACAGUUCAUUUUUUCCUUUCCUGCUUAGUGACUAGGCCUGUCAGGCCCAUUUGUUAGAAUAAUUAUAUGGCUGUUAACAGCAUCCCAGCUUAAAAUAAAAUUAGCACCUCACUGGUUUAAAGCAGCAGUGGCAUUGCAAGAAAUGGAUACAUAAGAUUUUAAGAAAAAACCCCUUAAAAGAUGAAGUGUUUUGAUCGAAAUUAUAUACUUUGUUUUCGCACUACUGUAGGUCAAACUCUAAGCAAACAAUCCGAGGUCUAUGGAUUGUUUCUUUUACCAGUGUGGGUCCUGGACAGACAGACACUCUGUGUCUCUGUCCUCCCACUCUCAGACCAAAGUGAGUUGUGCUCCUCUGGUUUAUUUUGAGGUGGUCUUAUCACAGCUGUUGUAUCUGUGGUGGCAGCCUCUUCGAGCCGCUCGACACUCUUUUCCCCUUCUGGCCCUUGGUCCUGUUCUACCUCAGAAAAUGGAAGCUUGUCAGGAGAGAAGUCCUGCACCCUCUGGUACUGAGGUGGCGCUAGCUGAGGGUGAGCACAUUGACCUGACAGAGGACCUGGGCCAGCAGCUGGAGGACAUCAUUAGCACUUACCAGGCCAUCGAGAUUCCCGCUGAGCCAGAGGACACAGAGGAGGUCACAGUUGUCAAAGAAGCAGACACCCACAAGGACCAGAAACUGGAGAAGAAGAUGCUCAAAAACCUAGGGAAGGAAGCCAUGCAGCUGAUGCAAAGUCUGAACAAACUGGACACUCCGGAACAGAAACUGGAGGCCAUCAUUAAGAAGCAUGCUGAGCUGCUCGAGGAGCAUCGCAGUGAUCAGAAACAGCUGAAGGCUUUGCAGAAGAGGUUGCUUCAAGUGAUGAAGGAGAAGGACCAGCUGCAGAGCGAGCACAGCCGGGCUGUGCUGGCUCGCAGUAAACUGGAGGGGCUCUGCAGAGAGCUGCAGAGGCACAACAAGACCUUAAAGGAGGAGACCCUGCAGAGGUGCAGAGAGGACGACCUGAAGAGGAAAGAGAUCACCACCCACUUCCAGGGAACACUCAGUGAUAUUCAGGCCCAAAUUGAGGAACACAGCAGCCGCAACACCAAGCUGUGCCAGGAGAACAGUGCUCUUGCAGAGAAAAUGAAGGGGCUCAUUUCACAAUAUGACCAGCGAGAGGCGAACCUAGAAAAGGUGUUCAAACACAGAGACCUGAAAGAAAAGCUGUUGGAAACUAAACUCGCACAUGCAAACAUAAUUCUGAAGGAGGAAGAGGAGAAGCACAAGCUGGAAAAAGAACAUCUGCUAAAAAUUGUGGAAGAGUAUAAAUUGCAAGUGAAGGUCAUGAAGGAGCAAGAAACUGAUAUGCAGAGCCAGCUCGACAUAUACUCCCAGAAAUUUGAUGAAUUCAAAGGCACGGUAUCAAAAAGCAACAGUGUCUACAGCAGCUUCAAACAGGACAUGGACAAAAUUGCCAAGAAAAUGAAAAAGCUGGAGAAGGAGUGCCAGUCAUGGAAGAAUCGCUUUGAUGGCUGUAACAAGAGUCUCGUUGACAUGGUAGCAGAUAAAGCAAUCAAGGAAAAGGAGUUUGAACUUGUGAUCAUCAAGAACCAGAAGCUUGAGAAUCUGUGCAGGGCUUUGCAAGAAGAGAGGAAGAGUCUUUAUGAAAAGGUGCAGGGAGCUGGAAGUCCACCGGAUGUCAACACUGAACAAACAGAAAAGGUCCUUGAGAUGCAGGAGACCCCGAAAAACCCUAACAAUGAGCACCUCAUCCAGAAUACCACAGCCCCUGCUGCUGCCCACGCUGGGACCCUGAUGCUUGAAACACCACUGACCAAGGAACUGGCUAAAUUGAAAGCUGAGCAAGCCCGGCUGAAGGACAUUGCAGGUUCUUUCACAAUUUCCCAUGUUAUACCCACAGAAACAGUCAUUAGCCAAUCACAAGAACUCUCCGAGGAUGUCCAGGACUCAGAGAAAAACCACACAGAAGACAGCAAUGGUGAACACCUCCAGGGUGUUGAGGACGGAUACCAAGAACAGAUAAAUUUGGAAAUGGAGUCAGUUGAUUAAUGCUGAAAGUACUGUGAAAAAGAAACGUGGUUCAUGUGAGAUUCAUAGCAAUAAAAAGAAAAGUGCUGGCUUCAUGUUCAGUGUCUGAUUCUGAUUCUGUUGAGAUUUAUGAGGAGGUUCAUUUUAGUGCCUGCAACAGGCCAAAUACAAGAAGCAGCUUUAUGCUAAAAGUUUUGACACCCUUCCUUAUUAUCUACAUACAGACUGACAGAGCUGCAAAGUGAAGGAGCCAUUUCAAGGUUCCUGCUUUCCAGACUACAAUCCAUUUCUGC